AUGCGUGUCAGCUUAUCAUGUUGGGGUUUGUUUGUGGAUAUCAAUGAUACUCUGUACUGUUCAAUGAAUAUUCGUUGGCAAGUAGUGAAGAGAUCAUUGAAUGAUCCUGUGAUGGCUUCAAAUCGUGUUGCUGCUGGAACAGGUUUUCAAGGAUCUGCCUCGAAUCAGCUUGAUGGUCCUCGUGGAAUUUUUGUCGAUGUGAAUUUGGAUUUAUAUGUGGCUGAUUUUAACAAUAAUCGAGUUCAGUUGUUUCAGGCAGGAGAAUCAAAUGGCAUCACAGUAGCUGGUAACACAUCACUAAAUCCAACAAUUACACUUCGUGGUCCAAGUGGAAUUAUAUUAGAUACUGAGAAAUAUUUAUUCAUUGUGGACCAAUUCAAUCAUCGAAUUGUUGGUUCAGGCUUGAAUGGUUUUCGAUGUUUAGUUGGAUGUUAUGGAUAUGGUUCACAAUCCAAUCAAUUGUUUCGUCCAGCUAGUUUUAGUUUCGAUCCUUAUGGAAACAUGUUUGUUAUUGAUACAGAAAAUCAUCGAAUUCAAAAAUUUUUAUUGAUGAAAGAUUCUUUUGCUCUUUUAUUAAAUCAGCCAAAGUUUUGCUCACCAGCCAUUCGGAAUUCCAAUGGAAUUACCUUUGCUGAUCAAUCGAUUAUUGGUCAAUCUCCUACUGCCAUUUUUGUGAGCACAAACAACACAAUCUAUGCCAUUAAUCGAGAAAAGAACACAAUUGUAAUGUGGCAAGAAGAGAAUAUCAAUCCAACAAACAUCAUUACCGGUAGUUUUAUAAAUCCUUAUUCUCUGUUCGUGACAUUAAAUGGUGAUAUUUAUAUUGAUGAUGGUGAGAAGAAUGGUCAAGUGCAGAGAUGGAGUGCAAAAACAAAUAUCUUUAUUACGGUGAUGAAUGUUAACUCAUCAUGUUAUGGUUUGUUUGUCGAUAUCAAUUAUACUCUUUACUGUUCAAUGCCUAGUUAUCAUCUAGUUUUAAAAAGAUCGUUAAAUGACCCUGUGAUGAAUUCAAAUCGUGUUGCUGCUGGAACAGGUAUUGGAGGACCAGACUCGAAUCAACUCAGAAGUCCACGUGGAAUCUUUGUCGAUGUGUAUUUGAAUUUAUAUGUGGCAGAUUGUGAAAAUCAUCGAGUUCAAUUGUUUCAGUUAGGAGAAUCAAAUGGUAUUACAUUGGCUGGAAGUUUAACAUACCCUGCAACAAUUUCACUUGAUUGUCCAAGUGGAAUUGUAUUAGAUGCUGAGAAAUAUUUAUUCAUUGCAGAUCAGAACAAUCAUCGAAUUGUUGGUUCAAACUUCGAUGGUUUUCGAUGUUUAGUUGGAUGUGAUAGAAGAAGCGGUUCACAAUCUAAUCAAUUGAAUAAGCCAUUCAGUUUGAGUUUUGAUCGUUCUGGAAAUAUAUUUGUUACUGAUCAAGACAAUCAUCGAAUUCAAAAAUUUAAAUAUUUAAGAAGACUUUGUGUCAAUACUUUCUCUGGUCUCCAAAAGAGCUAUUCAUCAUCACUUACUAACAACAGUCAAAUGUACUACCGAGAUUGUAAGAAAGAAAAUUUUUAUUAUGAAUCUAUUCAAGUGAAGGUGAUCAAAAGUGGUUACUACACUUUUCGUGUUAGUGGUGCCAUUGAUCCAUAUGGAUCUAUUUACAACAACAAAUUUAAUCCACUUGAUCCAGUGGAUAAUUUGCUCAAUCAAGAUUAUGCCCAUAACUCUGAUAUUCAGUUAAAACUUGAUAUUUAUCUUAAUGCUAACAUAAUAUAUGUAUUGGUUAUGACAACAUUUGAUUCAAAAGAAAUUGGAGAAUUUUCGAUCAAUAUAUCAGGCAGAAAUGAAGUUAAUCUGAAGCGUCUUAGUACUCCAGUAAAUAUUCAGUUGAUAUAUUCAUUAAAAUUAACUGAUAAUAGUCCAACAUACUAUCGAGAUUGUCAAGUACCGCAAUGUCAUUAUGAAACUUUACAAAUUCAUGUUAAUACAACGGGUUCGUAUAUUCUUUGGAGUAAAAGUAAUACAGAUGCAUAUGGAUAUAUCUACAAAAAUGAUUUCAAUCCUCUAAAACCAUCUGAAAAUUUACUUCUAUCACAUGGAGGUGAAUGUCCAAAACAAAGUAGUUGUGUGAUUGGUGAUCAAUGUAACGUUUAUAUGAAAGGGAUUGGUUUAACUCUCGAUGAUAUUCUGCGGGAUGAACUUCAACCGAAUACAGUGUUGAAUAAUCAAUCAUUUUCGAUUAAAUUAAGUGCGGGUUUAACAAUAAUUAUGUUUGUCGCUGGGUUAAUUAAUAGUAUUCUUUCUUUUAUUACAUUUCAAAGUAAAGAUGCUCAACAAGUUGGAUGUGGAAUGUAUCUAUUAGCAUCAUCGAUUACUUCUCUUUUGGCAAUUAGUAUGUUCAUAAUCAAGUUCUGGUUUGUUGUUCUUACUCAUAUCAAUGUGUCCACUAGUCUCUCUGUUCUUCGUGGAGGUUGUGCAUCUAUCGAACCAAUUCUAAAACUUUUUCUCUACUCAGAUGAUUGGCUCAAUGCUUGUGUAGCAGUUGAACGAGCAGCACUUAUUUUUAAAGGAGUAAAAUUUGAUAAGAAAAAAAGCAAAUUUGUUGCUCGACGAACAAUUAUUAUUUUACCGUUCUGUAUUUUUGGUACACUUAUUCAUGAGCUCGCAUUUCGCAGAUUGUUCGUUUAUGAAGCAGGACUAGAUAAUAUAAAUACGAAUAAGACUAAUGACGACACAAUCAAGCGGUAUGUAUCAUGCAUUACUCGUUAUUCUCCUUCUGUCCAAGAUUACAAUACAGCCGUUCUAUUUUUUCAUCUUGUUGGUCCCUUUAUUAUCAAUCUUUUCUCUGCGCUGUUCAUCAUCUUUGGAGGUGCUCGACAACGAUCAAAUGCACGAACUGACCAAAAUUUUAAAGAGCAUGUUCAAGAACAAUUCCGUGAACAUAAACAAUUGAUCAUUAGUCCAAUAGUUUUACUCGUUUUAUCAAUACCUCGUCUCAUUAUUUCAUUACUGCCUGGUUGUGUGAAAACAUCUGAGAACUUAUGGUUGUAUCUUGGACCAUAUUUCAUUUCGUUCACUCCUCCGAUGCUAAUUUUUCUUAUCUUUGUCUGUCCUUCAGAAUUGUAUAUGAAAGCGUUUAAACAAUUGUUCAAUCGUAUUCGAAGACGUAUUCCUUAA